AAGUUGUUCUGAGUCUGUGUUUUGGUUCUAAAGGGGGAAGUUGCGAGAAGAAAAAGGAGACGACGUGAAUGUGUAUGGCUAUUUUUCUGCAACAGUGCAAAAGUUAGUAUCUGCCCUAUUUUCGCCAAGUCUCCCAGCAGAAAACAGGCCGGUAUAAUUCUCUUCUUGAACACAAGUUUUUGAUAGUAGAAGAAACAGUGACUUGGAAGAUCAGUAUAGAAGACAAUUGUAUUGGUCAUGGCAAGUCGGGGAGGAGCUACAAGACCCAAUGGACCAAAUGCUGGCAAUAAAAUUUGUCAGUUUAAGCUAGUACUACUUGGGGAAUCUGCUGUGGGAAAAUCUAGUUUAGUGCUCCGUUUUGUGAAAGGCCAGUUCCAUGAGUUUCAAGAAAGUACAAUAGGAGCUGCAUUCCUUACCCAGACAGUUUGUCUUGAUGAUACAACUGUGAAGUUUGAGAUAUGGGACACAGCUGGGCAAGAACGCUAUCACAGCUUGGCACCAAUGUAUUACAGAGGUGCUCAAGCUGCUAUAGUUGUAUAUGACAUUACAAAUGAAGAGUCUUUCGCAAGAGCAAAAAACUGGGUGAAAGAACUUCAGAGGCAAGCAAGUCCAAAUAUUGUUAUAGCUUUGGCUGGCAACAAGGCAGAUCUUGCUAACAAGAGAGCAGUUGAUUUUCAGGAAGCAGAGUCUUAUGCAGAUGACAAUAGUUUGCUGUUCAUGGAAACAUCUGCAAAAACUUCGAUGAAUGUGAAUGAAAUAUUUAUGGCAAUAGCAAAGAGAUUGCCUAAAAAUGAACCACAAAAUACAGGAGCAAACAGUGGAAGAAACCGAGGAGUAGACCUUACUGAGACUACCCAACAAAACAAGAGCCAGUGCUGUAGUAACUAACCGGAAGAUAACUAAGUGCAUCUCAAAGAAGUCACUUCCUUAACUCAAUAACAAAGGAAUUGAGGGGUGUUUAACCCAGAAUAGCUAAAAAAAGACUGUGUAUAGUUGCAUUUCUAAUACAAAGUUUAUUUUAUGUCUUUUGAACUUUUUAUUUUUUAAAGAUGUACUUCAAAAUUAUGAUGCAUGUAUCACUACAAGGCCUAAAUAUAAUUUUUUAACAUUACUUGGCAGCAGAAACAUCAACUUUAUAGCUGAAAAGGACAGACCUGUCUGAUACAAUGGUUUUAUCUUAGAUUACCCACUCUUGUUAUAGGGAAGUGUUAUUAGCAAUCACCAAAAAGUUAUUGUAUCCAGUUGUGCUUUUUUUUUUUUUUGUGCUUUUUUUUGUGUCCUUUAACUUCCCACCAGAUAAACUUGUAGCAUUAGAACCCAGGCAAGUCCCCAGUACCCCUGUACCUUGGGGGUGGGGGGAGGGGAAAUAAAUUGUCAGGCUCUUCGGUCACGACCUUCUAGUUGUUUUAGUGGCAUUGUGCAAUUGUUUACAGUAUUUCUGCAAGAACACUUUUCAGUAAAAAUACAUUCCUGUUCAUAGUGAUUUCUAUAUGAAAAUUGACCUGCAGUAAGUCGGAUAUUCGUUUUUUGGAGUGGGAAAGUAAAUCAUAUCUGUUAUUAUGGUAGUCAGUUAAAAGUAUUUUUUUUUUAUUUGAUCAUGUUAGUGUCCUAGCAGGUUAUCAGCUAAACCAGUCUUUGGUAAUGGGUGAUAUCUGUUUCUUUAAUUUAAAAUAGUGUUUGUGCUAACUACUUUUUUCCCGCAGAGUUGAUAAUGACCACGUGUAAUAAAUAAUUCAGCAGGUCUAGUGAAAAUGUAAAUCAUGCCUUGCACUAACAGCUCAUUAAUAUUAUUUGUCCAUUAUUACAAUUGGUGUUUGUUAAAUAAUUUACUGUAAAUAAGGGUGUUGCAAUGUAUCUUACUUUUUAACAUACCACAAGUUGGACUAAAGUUUGCUAGAGAGCUCAAAUAAUCACAAAAAAUGUACAGUAAAGAAGCAGUUCCAUAUAGAAAGGGUUUAGAAAUUUUCACAAAUGGUUAAAUUAUAAUCCGUGGUGGUCUUUAUAAAUGUAUGUAGUGUUAUUAACAAAGAAUUUGAAAUUACUUUAGUGGUUUGUCUUGUAUUUUCUCAGAACUUAAAUUAAGUUUGAUUUUUAUAUUUUUAACAUUUGUUUUACUUUGCACUCAUAAGACAUUGAUUUCUUGUACAUACUUCAUAGAGCAUUCAGUCUUCAGAUGUUUAGACAGACAGACAGACAGACAGCUGGUUCAGACUAUUUAGAAUACUGCCUAGCAACACAGAUGACGGUGUAACACAGGGAUAAAAAACUGAUCAGUAAAGAUGCCCAGGUGCUAGUUUAUGUAAUAUGACAAUUAAUUAAAAAGGGAAAAUUGUUUGCUGUGCACAUUUAAACCAGUUUAAUGUCAAGUGCAAACAAUUCUGUUAUUAAAUAAACAUAAAAAAGCAAGCUGAUUGAUUUGAGCAUGUUGUUAGAAAAAAAUGCACUUUUAAAAUGAACAAAUUAUAUUUACAAGUCAUAGUUAUUUGCCAAAUACAUUACACUUACUAAGUAUGUUUACUCUAAGCUGUUUCCCCCCAUUGUUUUGUUAACUUCAUAUAUACUAUUUAAAGUUUUUCAGCAAUAAAGUCACAGCCAGGUAGAAUAACAACUGUAACUGAAAUAUUUUCCUUUGAUCCUGCCAUCAUUGCAGAUUUCACAAUGUUUUUGCAAAUCAAACCUGCAAGAUUUUUGAAAUAUUCAUUUUCAGGACUGUCUUCGAUAACAGAUGACUGUGUCUUAAGAGAGCUUUCUGACAUUCCUUCUUUAAUUUUAUUAUGAAUAUCUUUGGUCCUGUUGUUACUUUGAGAAGCACUGAGGAAAUCUUCUGAAUCUUGAUUUAUAACAGGACUUUGUCUUAAUGUUUUAAAAUUUCUGAGAUGGCUGUCUUUUGACUUGAAGUAGGUUUUUAUACUUUCUAGUCCAACCUUUGCAACAUCAGUUUCAUUUAAUACCUCCCAGAGACCACUGGAAGCUAAAAUUAAAAACUGGAAGGAACAGUCAAUUGGUAUAGAAGCAGAGCAUGGUACUGGUAUAACAGACCUCUUAAGCAGGGGAUCUCCAUGAUGACCCAGACCUCGUGUUGCCUUUGUUAGCCCUUCUACUAAUCCAUGUUUUUCAUUAAAGCUAAUGGAUCCUCCACAUCGAAGAAUUCGUUUUCUUUCCUUUGGAUUUGCAGUGCUGUGGUCUUUUGUCAGACGGUAGCCUUUUCCAUUUCUGCAUAAAACUGCAUGUGUAUUACCUGGUAAAUAAUACAGAACAGUUAAUGGGGUUUUUGGUGGCCACAUUAAAAGCAAUGUAUAUUCAGAUAACACUUAAUGAUUUCAUUUCUUUUGUUUCUAUAUAUUGAUUUAUGUACAGAAGUAUAAAUGAUGUUGCAUAAAGUUUUCUGUAUCCAAAUCAGAAAAAUAUAUCAAAACUACUAAGAGUGUUCCUUGCACAGCAUUGCUUUUUUUCUUUAAUUCUGUCAGAAGGAUGUAAUCUGCAUUUAGAAUUAAUCCUAACACGUGAAAGGGUUAAUAAUGGUAAAGGGAAAGACUCCUUUUUCUCAAGCUGCAGUGCCAUCUGGUUUUCAUUACCAGAUUGUAUUAAUAAAUUGUAUUUUCAUUGUA